AUGAACAGCUCCGGGCUGCCGGACUUCUUGCUGGCGCGCUUCACGGAGAGCCACGCGCUGCUGCGGCUGCAGGCGCUGCUGCUCACGCUGCUGUACCUGGUGGCCGCGCUGGAGAACGCGGCCGUGGCGCUGCUCACGCUGCUGGACCGGCGCCUCCGCACGCCCAUGUACUUCUUCCUGCGGCACCUGGCCCUCCUGGACCUGGGCCUCAUCUCCACCACCAUCCCCAAGGCCGCGGUCAACGCGCUCACGCUGUCCGACUCCAUCUCCUUCCUGGGCUGUGCGUUCCAGCUCUUCCUGGUGAUCCUGCUGGACGGCUGCGAGGUGGGGCUGCUCACCGCCAUGUCCUACGACCGCUACGUGGCCAUCUGCCGGCCCCUCCACUACGAGGUGCUCAUGAGCCGGGGGACCUGCCUGCGGCUGCUGGCGGGAUCCUGGCUCGGCGGCGGGGCCGUGGGGGUCUUGUACUCAGCGGGGACGUUCUCGCUGAGCUUCUGUGGGUCCAGGACGGUCCACCAGUUCUUCUGCGACGUCCCGGCGCUGCUGAAGCUCACCUGUGCCAGGGAGCGCACAGCCAUCAGCGUGGGCGUGGCUGUCGGGGUCUGCUACGGCUUCUCCUGCUUCCUGUGCAUCCUGAUCUCCUAUGCGCGCAUCUUCGCGGCCGUGCUGCAGGUGCCCGCCGGGCAGAAGCGGGCCAGGGCCUACUCCACCUGCCUGCCCCACCUGGCCGUGGUGGUGGCCUUCUUCCUCACGGGCUCGGCCGCCUACUUGAAGCCGGUCUCCGACCAGCCUUCCCUCCUGGACCUGCUGCUGUCCAUGUUCUACUCUGUGGUCCCCCCGACCCUGAACCCCGUCAUCUACUGUCUGCGGAACAAGGACAUCCAGGCUGCUCUUGGGCGGGUGGUCUGGCAUGCCCAAGGCUGUGCGAGAUGGAGGAGCCUCUGA